AAAAGAUCUCAACGUUCCUGUUUCACGUCCGUCUGAUGUCGUGUGUCUGACCUUUUCCGUCUCAGUUUUCUGAUAACGGCCUCGUUCAGUUCCAAUCCUUGGCUGAGAAUGAGCGGUACCUGCUGCCGGCGCCCUCAGCCGAAGGUUUCCCAGACAACAUGAACGCGUCUCUGUUGGCCGUGUUUUGGGACGAUGCUGACCUCACCCGCGGGGUCGGACAGCUGCUCUUCCAGGAGUACCACGGGAGGAUUAUGUCCGACGUCUACUCUCAGAUAGUUUUUAAUCGUACAGCCGAUGAGGUGACAAAGUUUGAGAAGCAGAGAAACAAGCCGGCGUUCAGCCCCGUCUGGAUCCUCAAGGUCACCUGGGACCGCGUGAUGCCCGUCUCCUACCAGAAGGUCAACUUCUCAGAGACGAACACGUUUCAGUGCAUCUUGACCACGGAUGGAGCGCGCUCCUUCGCCCUCCCCCGUUAUGGCGAGAUGUUCUGGGGUCCCGGUCAGAGGAAACACCACGACGCCCUCAUCGGAUACACGGAUGGAAAAUCCUCCUUCAGGGAACCCACCGUCCCACCGGGGAACCUCUUCGGGCCCGAGGGCAGAUACAGGCCCCAGCAGGUGAAAGGCAUCAUGGGAAAGUUGGGUCAGCAGGUGUAUGAUCUGACAGGACGGGCGGGGUCGGACGGGGAUCCUCGCAUCAGGUGCCAGACGUGGGCCCUGAAGGAGCCGGACCCCUCAGAGUGGACCAAGAAUCUGUUCUCGUGUCCCUGCACGCGCUCACAGGCUCUGGAGGACCUGUCCUUCCUGCAGGACACGGCCGACCCGGGGACACGAGUGAAGACUCUGAGGGGUCAGCGGUGGGGGGGCACGGGGGGACACGUGUUCAGGUCCAUCCUCUCAAACAGACUCGGCUCAGGGAAGAGGUGCGUAUAUGAACCGGACGGGCCGCUGCUGGCCGGCUUCAGUGAGCGCUACUUCUCUGGACACAGCAUCCAGAAACACAUCGACGAAGACCUCCUGCCGUUCCAGUGGUGCUGUAUGGACUCUCCCCUGUGCCACCUUUACCUGAACAAGAGACCUCUGGACCGUUGCCAAGGUUACGGCUGGUCCAAUUCAGACGGCUGCACUCCCGCCAUGAAGGCGACGCAGGGCUCAGCGAUGGUGUUCGGCAGCCUCCAUUUCAUCACCUUCGAUGGUACAGAGUUCUCCUUUAAAGCUCUGGGAGAGUUUGUGAUCCUGCGUCUGUCCUCCACCACGGGCUCUAACAUCUUCACCCUGCAGGGACAGACGGACAGGCUGCACACACAGACCAGGAGUGUGGUGGAGGUCCCGGUGGUGGUACGCAUGGCUGCCUUCCACCAGGGCAUCGGCAAGAUUGAGUGGAGAUGUGCAGACGCAGGAGACGGACUGCAGCUGUUUGUGGAUGAUACAGAGGUCCCAGUCACAGUUGGUGUGGUGUACAUGGGGGAGGAGGACUUAGCCGUGCGCUGCAUGUCAGUGUCUCGCUGUGCGGCCGUGUACGCUGGUGGUCUCCAUGUGCUGGUGUGGAAGGUGGUGGGCAGCAACCAGCUGGCGGCCAUGGUGGAGGUUCCUCAGACGUUCUACAACCGCACCGUGGGUCUGAUGGGUCUCUGGAGCUCAAACCGCUCCGAUGACUUCCUCAAGUCGGACGGCAGGCUCCUCCUAUCGGCCGACCUCAACCCCCCCUCUGAGGAGAGACUGCAUGACUUCGGCCUGUCCUGGGCGGUUCCACUCCCAGAGAGCCUGUUGUUCUCCUCUCCCCCCCUCUCUCCCCUGGUGUCUCCCUCCUUAGAGCAGCUGAUGGGCAGCGUCAGUCCUGCGGAGGUGGAGGAUCUGAGGAGAAUCUGUAGAGGCAGUCUGCAGUGCGUCCACGACGCGCUGGCCAGCGGCAGCUCCGACCUUGGUCUGCAGACUCUGGACGCCAAGAGGAAGUUUAAGAACCUGGCUCUAAUCUAUGGUAACAUGCCUCCCAUAGUGACAGAGCCCACAGUGAUCCACUUUAAGGUCAACUCUACUCUCAACAUCCAGAUCGAUGCUCAGGACCCAAACGGAGACCCCAUCACCUUCUCGCUGCUCUACCCCCGACCUCCUCGUGCCUCCAUCGGCAGCGGUGACGGCCUUUUGUCCUGGACGCCUCUCAGCACGCAGCCCGUCCAGCUGACCAUCAGAGUCAGUGACGAGCUCAGCAGCUCCCUGUUCACCCCGGUCCUCAGAGUCUGCAACUGCCUGAACGGAGGAACCUGUCAGUAUGACAGCGUCACGGAAAACCACCUGCACGGAAAGUUCCAGGUGGUGGGCUGUCUCUGCCCUGAAGGAUUCAGUGGAAAGUUCUGUGGCAGCGCUGCAGACGUGUGCAGAGGCAGGCCGUGUUUCCGUGGGGUGCAGUGCCGGUCAGGGUCAAAGGCGGGUCGGUUCACCUGCGGGGAGUGUCCCGGUAACAUGGUCUCUGAGGGGGAGCAGGGAUACAAGUGCUUCGAGCACGACAUGUGCAUCCCUCCUUUUAGCUUCCCCUGCCACAAAGACGCAGACUGCCUCAGCACCAAACUGAACUACACCUGCACCUGUCGGCCUGGAUUCACCGGAGACGGGAAGAACUGCACAGAUAUAGACGAGUGUGCAGAGCUGUCCACCUGUCCCAAUGCUAAGUUUGAGUGUAAGAACACGCCGGGCGCCGUCGACUGUUUCUGCAGAUAUCAGAACAACAAGGACGCUGACGGAUGUGGUGACUCUGCUAAUCCUCCAGGGUGUAACGUGUUCAACGUCUCUGUGGGCUGGAAGAAGAACAAACCUGACGGACUCAAACAGCUGGUGGACAUCCUGUCGAUGGGGUUCCAGAAUAAAUUCUACAACGCCAGUAAGAAGGAUGCAGGACCGGUCUCGACUCCAGGUGUGACCGAAUAUCGUAUCAACGUGUCGAGUGACACACCCCACUGGUACAUCAGGGACUACCUGUCCAGAGUCAGCAGCCACUACGACAUCAAUAACAUACGAGUGGACGACCUGGAUGAGUGUAAGACCAAGGAGGCGGCGUGUGUGCCCCCCGCCCUCUGCGCCAACACGUACGGAGGAUACAGGUGUAUCUGCAACGGCACGACGGACGUGGACGACACUCAGUCCUGUGUGUUAGACAGAGACCAGAAGAGCAAUGUGGACCCGGACCUGGUUCUGGGCCUGGUUCUGGGCAUCGGCAUCCCUCUGCUCCUGCUGCUGCUGCUCGCUGCUCUGGCCUGUUUCUGCUGCAGGAGGAAGACGGUGACCGGAGAUCUCCCUCACCUGUUGCCGGGCUACAUCCAGGAGCAGUUCAACCCUCCACCCUUCAACUACGCAGACCCCGCCCUGCACUACAAUACCCACUGCAGCCCGCGGAUCAUAGACAACAUCACACCGAGGCAACGCAACAGAUAGCGCACACUCUCACACACACACAUAAAAAAAAAAAAAAAGUACAAACGAGCACUUUGGUUUCCUGUGUGUGUGCUUGCAGGAUGAAAGACUCUUAUUUAUAUGGUAACAAACAAGUCAUUAAAGCAAAGUGACUUUAAAAGUCGAUUAUCAGCUCUCCUCCGGGCUGAGCGAUGGAGCUGGAAGUCUUUCUGCCCGGACGACACUUUACAGUCAGAGUCUGAGCCAGCAGAACUCGAGCGCUGAUGAAAAGUAAACCUCUGCAGUGGCUUUCUGCUUCCAGCUGAUCUGAGGCCAGCAGCCGCUCUGAUCGCAACAUUAGCAUUUAGCAGAGUACCUACAUGGCGUCAGUCUCCUGCCCUCCGCUCGCCUUCAUAUCCACCGAGUCCUGGUUCUGGUCCAGAAAUUACAGCAUCAUGCAGCAUCACUUACUCACCCAAACUUUCCACUAAUCUUAUUAUUUCACAAAGAUGUCUCUGUUUUCUGAAACCUCACAUUUAAAUUCAUCUGAAAGAUUGUGUCUCAGUUAUUUUCACAUCACAGAUGAAUUCACCACCGUCCUGCUGCUCUGUGUGACUACUGACCUCUGUCUUAAGUUCUGGUGUAAAGUUCACUCUUAAUCCUACGGGCUAACUUGAUACUUUGUUAGUUACUGUAUACGUUGUGUCAUUGUUUGGUUGCCACGGAGAUGGUUUGUCUAAACUAGUAGAGCUAAACAUCAAAUCUAACCUUAAUGCUGCAGAAAUGACCAAUCAGUGAGCAGCAUUUUUCUUAAUGCAGUGUUUGUCACAAUGUAUCCUCUCGUGUCUUACUGUCUCUGAAACAAACGGCAACCUCCUGUGUUGAAAAAUGGAGCCGAUGCAGAAGUGCAAUAUCCUGCAGUUCCUCAAGUGUCCACUAGAGGGCUGGCUGCAGAAGCACAGGAAGUCACAUACACACCCAUUCAAAUAAGGAGAGCAUGUUUACAGCCGUGUUAAAAAAAAACAAAUAGGUCUGAUUAGCUCAUGUCUCGAUCGGCACACACUGUACGGGGGGUGAAUGUUUUGAUGACUCAUCAGUUUUGAUUUGAUGAAGGAUAAGAGAUAUUCACAAUAAGGCGUGUAGCUGACCUGAUUG